AUGGGCUCCCUGGCCCUGCAGCUGUGUGCUCUCUCUUGCCUGGUGGCUCACUCAGUUUCUGGCAGCCCCAUCAUGAGCCUGGAGCAGUCGCCUCUGGAAGAAGAUAUGCCCCUCUUUGAUGAUGUCUUCUCAGAGCAAGAUGGUGUCGACUUUAACACACUGCUACAGAGCAUGAAGAAAGAGUUUCUCAAGACAUUGAACCUGUCAGACAUCCCGAUGCAGGAUGCAGCCAAGGUUGACCCGCCAGAGUACAUGUUGGAACUCUACAACAAAUUUGCAACAGAUAGGACCUCCAUGCCAUCUGCCAACAUCAUUAGGAGUUUCAAGAAUGAAGAUCUGUUUUCCCAACCAGCCAGUUUUAAUGGGCUCCGAAAAUACCCUCUCCUCUUCAAUGUGUCCAUCCCUCACCAUGAAGAGGUCAUCAUGGCUGAACUCAGGUUGUACACCCUGGUGCAAAGAGAUCGCAUGAUAUAUGAAGGAGUGGACCGGAAAAUUACCAUUUUCGAAGUACUAGAGAGCAAAGGGGACCGUGAGGGUGAAAGAAGCAUGCUGGUCUUGGUGUCAGGGGAGAUCUAUGGAACCAUCAGUGAGUGGGAGACUUUUGAUGUCACCGAUGCCAUCAGGCAUUGGCAAAAGUCAGGCUCAUCCACCCACCAGCUGGAGGUUCACAUUGAGAGCAAACAUGAAAUAGAGGAUGCUGGCAGGGGACAACUGGAAAUAGACACUAGUACCCGGAAUAAGCAUGUCCCUUUGCUUGUCGUGUUUUCUGAUGACCAAAGCAGUGAGAAGGAGUGGAAGGAGGAACUGAAUGAAAUGAUUGCCCACGAGCAACUUCCGGAAAUGGACAACCUGGGACUGGAAGGUUAUUCCAGCGGACCUGGGGAAGAGGCUUUGCUGCAGAUGAGGUCAAACAUCAUCUAUGACUCCACUGCCCGCAUCAGAAGGAAUGCAAAAGGAAACUACUGCAAGAGGACCCCGCUCUACAUCGACUUCAAGGAGAUUGGCUGGGACUCUUGGAUCAUCGCCCCGCCUGGAUACGAAGCCUACGAAUGCCGUGGUGUUUGCAAUUACCCCCUGGCGGAGCAUCUCACCCCCACAAAGCAUGCGAUUAUCCAGGCCUUGGUCCACCUCAAGAAUUCCCAGAAGGCUUCCAAAGCCUGCUGUGUGCCCACCAAGCUGGAGCCCAUCUCCAUUCUCUAUUUAGACAAAGGUGUCGUCACCUACAAGUUUAAAUAUGAGGGCAUGGCCGUCUCUGAGUGUGGCUGUAGAUAG